AUGAAUUAUACCAUGUGUAAAAGGUUUGAUACAUUGAGAAGCUUUUUACCUGAUGACUUAAACAAAUCUACAAAUUUAAAUUUUAAAAGUUUAGGGAAUUUUAUGAAGUAUUGCUCUAAUGGAAAAUCAGAGGAAAACGAAUGUAAGACUGAUCUCGAUAAAAUAAAAGGUGGUUGUUUAUGGUUGUUUGAGCAAUUGUUUGUGAAAAAUAAAAAUAGUAUCAACAUGGCUGAGUACAUUAUUAUAUGGUUAAGUUAUAUGCUAAAUCAAAAGACGCAUGAAGGGAUCAACAAUCUAAAUGAUUUUUAUACUAAACAUAUAGAAAAUAAUACGUAUUAUAAUCAGUGUGAUAAUGAUGGUCAAGAUUGUAGUGAUAAAUUAAAAAAUAAUACAGAAUAUACAAAUUAUAAGGAAAUCAUAGAUAAAAAAAUAAAUUUUAUGGCUAUUGGUAUUAAUGAUAUGUCUAAAUUUUAUGGUGCAUUUAAAUCAUUAUGUAAAAUGUAUACUGAAAUUGGUGGAGAAGACACACAAAAUAAGAAAUAUUUAGAAAAUUCUAAAAAUUUUGUUAAAAAAUAUGAUGAACUUAAUGUUUCUGAUAUUACUAAAGAUAGCGCCUAUUAUCAAGCAUUGUCUACAUUAUCAAGUGAUUAUAAUAAUUAUAAAAAUUAUUGUAAGGACAAUAAAUUUAAUUGUGACGAUAUUCAACCCCUUUCACCGAUAAACAUAAAAGAAAAUAGUGUACAAGAUUCUGGACAUAUUUCUGAAGUUACAUCAUCAAGUUCGUCGAUAACAAGCAAAUUAAUUCCAAUUUUAUCGAUAAUUGUUGCAAUACCAAUAUUCUUGGGAAUUUUUUAUAAGUAUUCGUUAUUUGGAUUUCGGAAACGACCUCAAAAACAACAUUUAAGAGAAAAGAUAAAAAAAUAA